UUGAGCUUCAAAAAGCAUAAUCAAAGGGUUUAAGGCUUUUGUUCUCCUUUUUGGGUCACUUUUUUCACAUGUCUUGGGCAGUCAUGGCUGGUCACUUUGGUUGGGGUCUCGUUGAUGAAGGAUGGAGAAAAGGUCCUUGGACUGCUGAAGAGGACAAGCUCCUUAUCGAAUAUGUUAGGGUACACGGUGAAGGCCGAUGGAACUCCGUCGCUAGGCUUGCCGGGUUAAACAGGAAUGGAAAGAGUUGCAGGCUGAGGUGGGUGAAUUAUUUAAGGCCAGACCUUAAAAGGGGCCAAAUAACCCCUCAUGAAGAGAGUAUAAUUCUCGAGUUACAUGCAAGGUGGGGGAACAGGUGGUCGACGAUCGCGAGAAGUUUGCCGGGAAGAACCGAUAACGAGAUCAAGAACUAUUGGAGGACUCGUUUCAAGAAAAACACCAAACUUUCACCCGACAACAACUCUGAUCAUAAAACAAAAGCUCGUUUGCUGAAAAGACAACAGUUCCAACAACAACAGCUGCUGCUGCAACAACAACAACAACAAGAACAGGAACAUUUACAGGUGAAUCAGUUCGACAUGAAAAGGAUCAUGUCUUUACUCGAUGAAACUGAACAUAAACCAUCAUCAUCUGAACUUCCAUAUGUGCCACAGUUGAGACAAGAAACAGCGACAGCUGUUUCAUACCCCAACACAAAUGAACAACAAGUGGGGCUGUUUUAUCCCAUGAUCGAUGGCAAUGCUUCCGGUUCCGGCAGCGACUCGUCAAACGAGGCCGACGUUCUUUGGGACGGUUUAUGGAAUUUGGACGAUAUCAAUGGAAAUCUUGGUGCAACUAGCAAAGUUAGUUUGCACAAUCUAUCAAUCCCUUACUGUUAAAUUCUCCUUAGUUUUCAUUAGAAAAGCCUUUAUACCUACGAAA